AUGGGUAAACAACCAAACCUUUUCGCCUUCCCAACAGCCGAUGAGCUGGCGCCGGCCCUCCGCGCGUAUAUCAUCCAGGCACAAAACGCGGGUAUCACACGCCACGGCGUCUUCAAGGUCGGCGUGUCCGGCGGCUCGCUGCCCAAGACUUUGGCCAAGGCGCUGCUGUCGGCGCCCCGGUCGGACGACGACAAGGUCGACUUUGCCAAGUGGGAGAUCUUCUUCGCCGACGAGCGCGCCGUCGCCCUCGACCACGAGGACAGCAACUACGCCCUGCUCAAGUCGGAGCUGCUCGACAAGAUCCCCGCCGGCGCCAGCCAGCCCACCGUCCACCCCAUCGACACGCAGUACCUCGCCGACACCCAGGAGCUCGCCGACCAGUACGAGCAGCUGCUCGUGCGCUCCUUCGCCAGCCGCGACUCGGUCAAGCUACCCAUCUUCGACCUGCUGCUCCUCGGCACCGGCCCCGACGGCCACACCUGCUCGCUGUUCCCGGGCCACGAGCUGCUGCGCGAGACCAACGCCUGGGUCGCCCCGAUCGAGGACUCCCCGAAGCCCCCGCCGCGGCGCGUCACCCUGACCCUCCCCGUCGUCACGCACUCGGUCAAGGUCGCCUUCGUGGCCACCGGAGGCGGCAAGAAGGACAUCAUGAAGGAGAUCUUCGAGCAGGGUAACGGGCUGCCCGCCGCCCUUGUUAACGAGGCCACCGGCGAGCGCUGCAGCUGGUUCGUCGACGAGCCCGCCGUGGAGGGCGUGAGCUACCCGCGACGGAGCUUCUUGUGA